AUGGCUAGUUACGGGAACGACUCGCAAGUGGAAAACAAUUGUGCUUUAUGUGCUCAACCCGACGAACAUGACGAUAUGGUGGCGUGUGAUUCUUGCCACUUAUGGCACCACUAUUCAUGUGUAAAGGUCACUGCUAGUGUUCAAGAUCGGAAAUGGCACUGCCCCUCCUGCGAGCCCCUUUGCGAGAGCCGAACAAAUAAAGUUCAAGAAAAGGAUAACGAAAACAAUUUUCCUAAUUCUAACGUCCUAGGUGUCCAAAUGAGGAGUGAAAAGUCUUUGGCCAAUAGUAAAAGCUCUCGUAGAUCUAAAAAGCUAAUCGGGGAAAGCAUAACGUCCAGCACACGUGUUCGCUUGGAACUGGAAUUGAAAGCGGUAGAAGAACAACGCCUUUUGCAAGAAGAAGAGCUGGCGGAAGAAAUGAAGUGGAAGGAAACGCAACGAAAACUCGAAGAGGAAUUUCGUGAAAAGGUGUUGGCAAUCGAAGCAAAGCGGAUCAACGAGGAAAAAAGAGCAUUGGAGCAGAAAAUGGCAGAUGAGAGGGAGUAUAGAAGGCAACAGAUGGCGAUAAGAAAGCAAUCGGCGGAGGAGAAAAACAAGCUUAUUCAGCAGGCUUCCGAGUACAAUAGCAGUCAUGGUAGUAUUACCAGUAGCGGUGUUAGUUUUACCAAAAGUAGGGACAAGGUGAAAGAUUGGCUGAAAAAUACAAACCAGCAGAUAGAGGGAACAAAACAAGCUUCCACGUCAGCAGUUAAACCCAGCGCAGAUCUAAAUCAAGUAGUACCCUUAAAUCGUGCAAAUAAGAAAACGAACACUGUGAUUAAUUCGCAACUUCCAACCCCUAAUAAUGUCGUCUCUCAACAUGGUGAUGUUGUUAAGCCAUCAGUUAGUCAGAGAGUACAAGAAACACAAAAUCAAACGAAUCAAUUAAAUAAACCAAACAAUUAUAGUAAAGAAACGUCAAAUAUAAGUGCUAGGUCGCGAGUGCAAGACUAUGCUUCGGAGAUUUGUUCCGCAAUUGAAUCUGAGAACAAUUUCGAUAGGAAUAAUUAUGUUGAUCAUAGCCAAUGUGGUCCAACAAAUAGUCAGGUGGAAUAUGAGGCCAGUGACCAGCAAUCGAUUCAGCACAAUCCAGAUAAAAUCCGGGAUCGCAGGAAUAAUAACCUCGAAGGCCCAACGAGCCGACAGUUAGCUACUAGACAGGUUAUCGGGAAGGAUUUACCGAUAUUUUCGGGCAAUUCAGAUGAGUGGCCAAUAUGGAUUAGCAACUUUCAACGGUCCACGACAAGUUGUGGAUUUUCUGACGAUGAAAAUCUUAUCCGUCUCCAACGCUGCCUAAAGGGUCCAGCCCUUGAAGCAGUACGAAGCCGUUUGCUUUGUCCGGCAGGUGUACCACAUAUAAUUAAAGCCUUGCAGAUGCGUUACGGACGACCAGAAACACUGAUUCGUGGUUUGACGGAACGGGUUUGCAGGUUGCCACCACUAAAAGCCAAUGAUCUGGAGAGUAUUAUAGAAUUCGGACUGGCGGUGGAUAACUUGGUACAACAUCUCAAAAACGUUGGGUAUCAAACACAUCUGUCCAACCCAUCACUAUUGCAGGAUUUGGUAGGAAAAUUACCGGUCGAUUAUCGUCUAAAGUGGGCAGCAUUCAAAAGCGAAAAACAAGAUGUGGAUUUAGGUACGUUUGGACAGUUCAUGUCUAAUCUAGUCGAGCUUGCUUACAAUGUGGCAGAUGACAUUCCUUGUGCAAAAUCUCAAAAAUCGAAGUAUCGGGAAAGGUCGUUCGUGCACACUCAUGCAGAGACAGGACCUUCGUUUAAAAAUGAAUUACACAGUAAACAGACGUUAACCGGAAGACUGCCAAAAAAACCGUGUGCAGUUUGCAAUGCAGAAAGCCACCGAGUAUCGGAGUGCAUCAAAUUUAAAGCGAUGAAUAUAGACGGAAGGUUGAAGGCGGUACGUGAGUUCCGGCUCUGCAGGUCGUGUCUAAAUUGCCACGGAAAGUGGCCUUGCAAAACAGCAAAAGAAUGUGGAACGAAUGAUUGUCGCCUAAAACACCACCCCCUUUUGCACUCUCCGAGCACAACAGUACAGGCAGCCAUAUCGACAAGUCAUCUGAGCGAGUUGAACACAAUUAGCGGACCUUUUUUUAGAAUUAUUCCUGUUACACUAUACGGAAAGAAUUGCAAAAUUGACAUUUAUGCAUUUGUAGACGAAGGGUCACAAAUAACUUUGUUGGAAGAUUCGGUCGCAGACCAGCUGGGAAUAGUGGGAUCUACUGAGCCGCUCAAUUUACAAUGGACCGGUAACAUCAAACGCUGCGAACCCAAAUCUAGGCGGAUUAGUAUGGAAAUUUCUGCUUGUGGAACUUCGAAACAAUAUGUACUGGUGAAUGCACGUACAGUCGGCGGAUUGCUCCUUCCAUCGCAAAGUAUGGAUUACAUGGACAUGUCAAAAAGAUUUCCACACUUGCGUGGUUUACCUAUCCAUAAUUAUUCGAAUGUGUCGCCAAAACUCUUGAUUGGUCUUGACAACUUGAAACUCACCGUACCACUGAAAAUACGGGAAGGAAAGUGGAUGGAUCCAAUAGCCGCGAAGAGUCGUAUUGGGUGGAGUGUUUACGGCUGCGCGACAGAGCCGCAGUCGACAGUUGUCUGUGGGUUUCAUGUUGGAGGAUGGACCGAUCCAGAGCAAGAACUCAACCAACUAGUACGAGAUUACAUCACACUGGACGACGCUGGUGUAAAAUAUCCUUAUGCUCCACAGGAGUCCGAUGAAGAUAGACGUGCUCGAAUAAUAAUGGAGUCUACUACACGCAGAAUCGAUGGAGGCUUUGAAACGGGCUUGCUUUGGAAAUGUAACAACCCGACGUUUCCGGAUAGUUACGGAAUGGCGUAUAAACGGAUGUGUUCUCUAGAAAGACGUCUCAGUAAAGAGCCAGUUCUUUAUGAUCGAUUUAGGCAGCAGAUUCGCGACUACGAAGUAAAGGGAUAUGCACAUAAGGCUACAGAGAAUGAAAUUGCGACGACUGAUCCUGCGAAAUGUUGGUACUUGCCUUUGGGGAUUGUACUGAACCCAAAGAAACCGAAUAAGUUAAGGCUAAUCUGGGAUGCAGCGGCCACGGUCAACGGUGUUUCACUGAACUCUACAUUGCUAAAAGGUCCCGAUUUGCUGACAGGUUUGCCGUCGGUCAUGAGCACCUUCCGGCUAUAUCGCUUUGCCUUAACAGGCGAUAUAAAAGAGAUGUUCCAUCGCUUUGUCAUACGGACUCAAGACCGUCAGUAUCUAAGAUUUCUGUUUAGGGACAACCCAGACCAAGAGCCAGUGGUUUAUGUUAUGGACGUCGCUAUUUUUGGAGCUUCGUGCUCCCCAAGUAGCGCUCAAUACAUUAAAAACGUGAACGCCAAAGAAUUCGAAGCAAAUUUUCCACGAGCAGUAGCAGCCAUCGUUCAUCGUCACUACGUAGAUGACUACUUAGACAGUUUCGGGACGUCGGAGGAAGCCAUCAAAGUUGGAAAAGAGGUGAAGAAGAUUCAUGCAUACGGCGGAUUCGAAAUCCGAAACUUCUUGUCGAACGAUCCUGCGAUUGCAGCUCAAGUAGGAGAAGAAUCAUCUGCAGUUGAAAAAGAGAUCCGAUCGGAAAAAGAUGAGCGAAUCGAAUCAGUACUGGGCAUGAAGUGGAUACCGAGCAGUGAUACUUUUACCUAUACAGUUGCCCUUCGAGACAACCUCAAACACGUACUGGAGAAGUCUCAUGUUCCGACUAAACGGGAAGUCUUACGAACCGUGAUGAGUUUCUUUGACCCAUUGGGACUGAUUUCGUUUUUCCUGAUUCAUGGGAGAAUUUUGAUGCAGGAUAUAUGGGCGGAAGGUAUUGGAUGGGACGACAAAAUAACCGACAAGCUGAGAGUGAAAUGGAGAGAUUGGAUCGAUCUCGUUCCACAACUGAACGAUAUAAGAAUUCCGAGAUGCUAUUUUCUGGACGCUGUUGAGGAAACGUACUCAUCUUUACAAGUUCACGUCUUCGUUGACGCAAGCAGAUCCGCCUACGCUUGUGCAGUAUAUUUUCGAGUGGAAACGCCACAUGGGCCGGAGGUUCAGCUUGUAAAUGCAAAAUCAAAGGUAGCACCGUUGAAAAUGCAGACUGUUCCACGGCUUGAACUUCGAGCUGCUGUUCUAGGAUCUCGUCUACUUCAUAGUGUUUUAUCAAUGCAUGCUCUCCCAGUGGUAAAGCGUGUACUGUGGUCUGACUCUAGCACCGUGCUCGCUUGGAUUAGAUCGGACCAGCGACGAUAUCAUCAGUAUGUGGGGUUCCGAAUUGGAGAAAUUUUAACAUUGACCGAUGUUAGUGAAUGGAGAAAGAUUGGCUCGUCGUUGAACGUGGCUGACGAUGCAACUAAAUGGGGUUCCGGUCCAAGAAUCAGCUCAGACAACCGAUGGUUUCACGGACCAGAUUUUUUGAGGCAACCUGAAAAAUGUUGGCCAGGUAAGGAUGAACCAGUUGCUCCAACGAAUGAAGAGCUUCUUGUUUGUAAUGUACAUUGCAACAUACAGGAACCAUUGAUCGAUACAAACAGGUUCAGCACAUGGGUUAAGCUUCAUAGAAGUGUGGCUUAUGUACUCAGAUUUGUCAAAAAUAUUAAAUCCUUGAAAAGGAACAAAAUGUUGGAUGUCGGAUAUCUGACACAAGAUGAAUUGAUGAGCGCGGAACAAUUAUUAUGGAGACAAGCACAGAGAGAGAUAUUUGCAUCAGAGAUAAGCAUUCUAGAAACAACCAUGGGAGAACCUGAAGAUAGACAUCGAAUCCUGCCAAAGUCUAGUGCAAUCUACAAGCUUUGGCCGUUCAUGGACAAGAACGGAGUCAUACGCAAACGUAAUCGGUUGGGCAACGCAGAAUGGAUACCGUAUAAGACCAAGUACCCGGUUAUAUUACCGAGCAAACAUCCAAUCACUUUUCUUAUAGUCGACUCAUUCCAUCGUCGCUUUCGUCAUUGCAAUCGGGAAACCGUCGUGAACGAGCUGCGGCAACUUUACGAAAUCCCAAAAUUAAGAUCACUGGUUACAAAAGUUUCGGAAAGUUGUAUUUGGUGUAAAGUUCUUCGUGCACAUCCAAGCCCGCCACCAAUGGCACCGUUGCCAAAAGUCCGAUUGACGCCAUAUAUACGGCCGUUCACUUACGUAGGAGUUGACUAUUUUGGUCCAGUGCCAGUAAAGCUCGCUCGAACCAUCGUCAAGAGGUGGAUAGCUCUUUUUACUUGCCUGACUAUUCGCGCUGUGCACCUGGAAGUUGUUCACAGUCUAUCGAAGGAAUCUUGUGUCAUGGCAAUAAGAAGAUUCGUAUCCCGACGUGGUGCACCGGCGGAGAUAUUCAGCGAUAAUGGGACAAAUUUUCAUGGAGCGAACAAUCAACUGAAGCGCGAAAUAGAAGACCGAAACAAUCAUUUAGCUGCGACCUUCACGAACACAACAACUCGUUGGAAUUUUAACCCACCAGGCGCGCCACAUAUGGGAGGUGCGUGGGAACGAAUGGUUCGCUCAGUAAAGACUGCAAUAGGCACCAUACUGGAAGCCCAACGACGUCCAGAUGAUGAGAUUCUGGAGACCGUGAUCAUUGAAGCGGAGGCGAUGAUAAACACGAGACCGUUGACGUACAUUCCUCUGCAAUCAGCCGAUCAGGAAGCUUUAACCCCCAACCAUUUUCUUCUGGGUAGCUCAGAUGGAGUUAAACAGCAUACCGUUAUGCCUACGAAUUAUCGAACAACUUUGAAUAGCGGAUGGAAACUUGCUCAACACUUGUCGGAUGGUAUAUGGAAGAGGUGGAUCAAGGAAUAUUUGCCGAUCAUAUCGAGACGUUCAAAAUGGUUUGAAGAUGUAAAGGAAAUCGAGGUAGGAGAUCUGGUGCUGAUUGUGGAUAGUACUGUACGGAAUCAGUGGAUAAGAGGCAAGGUGAUCAAAGUCGUCAAAGGAAAGGAUGGACGUGUCCGACAAGCCUUAGUGCUGACAACUAAUGGAAUCGUCAGACGACCGGUUGUUAAGUUGGCGCUGCUAGACGUCGUAAGAGAAGGUAAACCGGAAGAAGAUUGACUAGAUGGUUUACGGGAGGGGGAAUGUGACGUCGAGCACCCCUCGGCGUCCAACAGUGCCCAAUAGAUACGGGCGCAUUUCGGGCAACAAUGCAGGAUGUGAUUAUCAAGAGACGUCAUUGUUAGUGACGAGGCAGAAUUGAACGAUCAAUCGAACAAGUGAAGCUAGUGCUGGAGAGCGCUUUCUUAAAGUGCAUAUUCAUUUAUAUGGCAAGCUUAUAUUGAUUUUAAGAUUAGGUAGAUACAGUGGAAUAGAAAGGGUAACCUAGUUUAACCGUGAGUAGAUUACUCGGUUCAUUAUAAAAUGUUAUAAAACUAUAUAAUUAUAAAACUUAUUCUAGAAUAUUCAUCUAACCUAAAAUUACAAUUCACAUUGUCGAAAUUAGUACGGAGGAGAAACUGUAAAAUUUUAAAGCUGAUCCAACUUGAACGGCGUUUACAAACGGGUCUGCUAGAGAAAACAGUUUUAACAAUGGUGUUACUAAGAAGUUGAAACAUAUGAUACAUGAUUCUACUUCAGCAUACAUGACACAUGAUGUACUUCAGCAGCGGUUGAAAUA